UCUUCAAAUAGAACGGGUACCGCCAUCAUACACUGAACUACCGAUCGGAAAAGUAUAAAGCGAUAAAUUGAAAGAUAUCAAUAAUCAAGAAUUAUCCAGUACAAGAGUCUCAUGUGCUCGAUUAUUCACGUCGCUCGUUAUGGAAUGGGAUAAUAAAUCGUUUUGCGAAAGAUAUACAGUUAUCGCGUCUCUCGGUCGCUCGAUUAGAAUAGUUCGAUGUAACCGUUGAGAAGGGAGCAAAGAAGGGUGAAAAGUGGAAACAUUCGCGGAUUACGCGAAACGCCGAUUUUUUCUUCGAACAUGUGAGCCUUCCUCGAGAUUCGCAUCACUUUACGGUUUAUAUAUACAUAUAUAUAUAUAUAUACAUUAUAGAUUAUUAUAGAUUACAUAUAUAUAAAUAAAUAAACAUACGUGUAUAUAUGUAUGUACAUAUAAAUGAAUGUAAAUAAUGGUGUUUCGGGCUGUCAUUUAUUCGCUAGCGAUAUUUCUGCGCUUCAGUGCCAUACAAGCAAAACCAGAAUCGCAGGGUUACUGCGCACCUUAUAGCGGCAAGAUCUGUAAGAAAUAUCUCACUGGUAUCGGGAAGGUCUGGUUUAACGAUUCCAAUGACAAUCCCGGCGGAUGGCUGAACGAGAAGAUCACGACGAAUCUCUGGGAAGAAUUGAUAGAGACACUUCUGGAACCAUGUCGUUCGGCGGCAGAAAAAAUGCUUUGCAUGUACGCGUUUCCACUAUGCCAUGAAUCGGUGGGCCUCCCCUUAUGUUACGAGGACUGCAUGGCCGUACGCCAGCAAUUUUGCUUCAACGACUGGGCAAUCAUCGAGGAUAACAAGCAGAGAGAUAUUUACAUUCGUUCGCGUGGACAUUUUGUGCUACCAGAAUGCGAGAGCCUACCCAAAGUGAACAAGGAAGUUCCUACCUGUUCGCACGUACACCUCACCGACAUGGAUGAAGAGGUUGUCACCUAUGAUUGCAUCAGAGGCAAUGGUAGAUUCUAUAUGGGAAAAGUCAACAAGACGAAAUAUGGAUUAGACUGCCAAUCGUGGAGCGCGCAAGUGCCGCACAAUCACGAUAAACCGCCUGAUGUCUUUCCACAGAUUCGAUAUGGCGAAAAUUACUGUAGAAAUGCGGGCGGCGACGAGCCAGUACCAUGGUGUUUCACGACCGAUCCCUUAAUACGUUGGGAACAUUGCGAUAUUCCUGUAUGUGAUAACAUGACAACUAAAGUGGAGAUUGAACCAAAAGACAUAACGAUGGACACUCUAUUUAAUAACACACUGGUGUUCAUAUUAUCAGCAUUAGGCUUUGUAAUCAUAGCCAGUGCAUUACUGUCUAUCCUCCUGAGCCAAAGACUGCACAAGCGUCAUCGAGGCUACAAUCCCACCGAUAAUCAGGACGUAAACAUUGAUUUGGAUAAACUGCCUAACAACGAAGCGUAUCAUAAAACGAGCGCACAGCUGAAUCCCAAGUUAGAAAAGCUGGAAUUUCCGCGAAACAACAUCAUCUACGUGCGAGACUUAGGCCAAGGCGCGUUUGGUCGCGUGUUCCAGGCAAAAGCGCCAGGGCUGAUUGCGGGCGAGGAAUUCACGAAUGUUGCCGUGAAGAUGCUGAAAGAGGAGGCCUCGGACGAUUUGCUGCGGGACUUUGAACGAGAGGCGUGUCUCCUCGCCGAGUUUGAUCAUCCCAACAUUGUGAAGUUGUUGGGUGUGUGCGCACUCGGUCGGCCAAUGUGCCUGCUAUUUGAAUACAUGGGCCGCGGCGAUCUCAACGAGUUCCUGCGAUCGUGCUCGCCCAGCAACUACGUUAUUCGCGUGACCAACACGGCGGACGAUAACGGUUCGACGGCGGGCGAGCCCUCGCGGCUUUCGCACAUGGAUCUCAUCAACAUCGCCGUGCAAGUGGCGUCCGGUAUGGUAUAUUUGUCCGAUCGGAAAUUCGUCCAUCGCGACCUAGCAACACGCAACUGCCUAAUCAACGAUCAGAUGAUUGUUAAGAUCGCUGACUUUGGCUUAUCACAGAAGAUAUAUCUACAGGAUUAUUAUAAAGGAGACGAACAAGACGCCAUUCCCGUCAGAUGGAUGCCGCUCGAAAGUAUACUUUACAACAAAUAUACUGUCGAGUCGGAUGUGUGGGCGUUUGCCGUGUGUCUAUGGGAAAUCUUCAGCUUUGCGCUGCAGCCGUAUUACGGGAUGACGCACGAGGAAGUGGUCAAAUACAUCAAGGAAGGCAAUGUGCUGCGAUGUCCGGACAAUACGCCGCAAUCGAUUUAUGAUCUGAUGAAGCUCUGCUGGAACAGGCGACCAUCUGACCGGCCUACAUUUCGCACGAUCUAUCAGACUCUUGAUGGCAUCAAGCAGGAAUUGGAAGCAGAGCGCAAAUCAGACAGCGUUCCGCUACGCAUUCGGGUGUGAAUAUAAUAAUGACGGCCUAUAGCCUUCAGAUAGUGAAAUGUUAAGGUGGCAGUUCUAAUUUCGGAUUCAAGUAACGCUUUUACAAGCAAAGCAUAACUCGAAUCUGUACAAAUAAUAAAAUAAGAGCGAUAUGGCUAUGAAAGCGCAUUUAGCGAUGUUAUAUCUAGAGGCUCCUUGAUUGUUAGACGUGUGUUAGGUUGUUAGAUCAUUUGCUGUAUUAAAGAAAAGAAAGACAUAAAUGAAACUUAUUAUGAAAAAAGAUGUUAAAUGAAUUAAGUGAGUAUAUACCAGAAGAUUGUUGUAACUUAAGAAAAAAAUACAACUCUUCUACCGAUAAAAACUGGCGCUUUGUCAUAAUUUUCUUGUGUGUAUAAUAAUUUUAAAUUAUUUCUUUUUUCAAUGGUUGCAUAUAAUAUUUCUUCUAAUUGCGUUUAGCUUGCUAAUUAUAUUUAAUGCGUGAUGCGUAAAAGAAUUUUGGAAUAGGAUUUUAGUGUAUACGAUAUAGGGUGUAUCGGAAAAUACUCUAUGGAAAAGGCUAAUCGCGUUAUUUGGUUGUCCUUUAUUUAUAGUUCGCGACUUUCGACUCGCUAACUGCCUUGUUAGGAAGAUAGUUUGUUGUUUCGUUCGACUUGUAAUUUUAACGAAACAUACCGAGACUGAAAUGACUGAAUCGACACUAGCCAUUUCAUCACUGCCGCAAUUACAUUCCAGUAAAUGUGUUAUUGUUGCGCCAUACGGGAGAAUCGUAUCCACAUACGCUAUAGGUGUUGCGUGUAUAAAGAUCUUUUUUUUUCUUCUUUUCCUUUUAUUCAACGUGUAAGAGUAUGCAUAGACUACAUGUAACAAUACUUCUUCGAUCUCAUCGAUUUAUUUUUACUAGUAAUGCGUAUUCGUUCCGAUUAAUCGUUAAAAAGAAAAAGAAAGUUAUAACAGCACGGUACGUUUGUCAGAAAAGAUAUUUUCGUUAUCAAAUGAAAUAUUACGCUACGAUGUCGUGUAUAUCGUCGCGCCGAGGAAACGGAAUCGAAGAGAAUUUAUUUUCGAAAAAAAUCGUCCCAAAUCUACAUCUUUUUGAAAAAUAGAAAUCACGCGUUAUAAGAAUCAUCGUGAAUAUUUCUUUGUUGUUUUUCAAUGUAGAUUUAAAAGGAUUUCGGAAAUAAGUUUCUCCAUCGAUGUAAGUCCAUCAUUCUGCGAAAUACAGUAACAACUCGACGACAUAACGUGUAAAAACUUGCGAAUUCUUCCAGCGAAUAAUCAAUGUAGUGUGAUCUUUGUAAAUAAUCGAUAAAUCGUGUUUCACGAAUCUGUACCGUUGACAAUAUCGUUUAUACUAUUUCUAUACAGUAUAUAUAGUACUGAUUGUACCGUUCUCGAUCGCUCUUUCCGUUGUAGAUUUCAAUUGUAUCACACUGAAAAAUACCCAAUAAUCGAUAAUUGUAUCACGAACACCUUGAAGGAGAAAGUACGAAACUCCACCGAUGUACAAUUUUAACGGAAGGAAUAAACAACCAAUUUCAUAAUA